AAAAUAAUAACAAAAUGGUACGUCAAGUAUUAAGAUCGUCAUUAAGAAGUCGUGACAGUUCGUCAACGUCAACCGGUGGACCUGACGCUCGUGAAAGAAUAAAAGAUUGUUGUCGUAAGUUGGUAGCAUUUAUGUGUACACAAGUUGGAGUUGGUGGUUUGGUAGUUGGAUAUGCAAUAGUUGGUGCAUUUGGUUUUAUCAUGAUAGAAAAACAAAAUGUUAUAAUUGAUCCUGAUUGUUCACGUAAUCAAAUACAAAAACAAUACGCUGAUGUUUUAUGGUAUAAAACGGCUGGUGAUCAAAGUGUCAACAUAUUCAACAGAACAGCAUUUUUCAUUGUGUCCAAUUCUAUUUUGAGAGAAUUACAGGACAAUUUUACGGCUGCAUAUUUGAGAAAGAGUUGUAAUAUCGGUAUGACGUCAUCGGAACAAUGGUCAUUCCCAGCAGCAUUGAUGUUUUGUUUGUCGAUAUUUACCAUGAUAGGUUAUGGUAAUUUGGUACCUAGAACAUCAUGGGGUAAAGGUGCUACUGUCAUGUACGCUGUAUUGGGUAUACCGUUAUACGUAUUGUACUUUCUCAAUAUGGGUAAAAUAUUGGCACAAACGUUCAGGUGGCUUUACACGAAUUUACACGAAUGUACGGGACAAAGGAAACCUGGUCAAAGGAUUACUGUACCAUCAACGGCUUGUCUAUGGGUCAUAUUUGGUUACGUUUUAGUUGGUUCAAUUAUGUUCGCACAAUGGGAAGGUUGGGAUCUUUUGGACAGCACCUAUUUUUGCGUCACAUCGUUGUGUAAGAUUGGUAUGGGUGAUUUUAUACCAGGAUGGACGUUAGGUGAAUCUACGGAAAGCAGUCAUACCAAAUUGGUCAUCAAUUUUGUUUAUCUUCUUCUUGGUAUGGGUUUGAUAGCCAUGUGUUAUAAUCUCAUGAAAGAGGACGUUUAUGUGAAAGCGAGAGAACUCAAGGAACAACUCGAUCACGCGAUGGACGUUGCUCAUCGUAGGAUGAUUACCUGCUGCCGAUCAAAAAGUUUCGUUUAAACAUUUUUUUUAUUUACAAAAAAAAAAUACUCCACCUUCCCUGACACCCCACUCUUCAUCGUGAAAACUUUAAAUGAGGUUUAAUUUUUUUUUAUGAUCUUAUUAAUAAAAUAUGUGGAACGAUAUA